CAGAAUCCGUCGAUUCCACCUCCUGGUGUUAGCUCUGCGGCUGCAAUGGCUCCCGGCGUCGCCUCUGCUGCCGGUGGCGUUGCGGUUCCGGUGUCUGUGCCGCACAUGCAGCCAAUGAUGUCGUAUCAGGUUCCUCCCGGCCAGCCCGCCAUCCCAACCCUGAGACCGCCCUACGCGAUGCCAAACGGUUACGCCGCCAUCCCGGGUGCUCCUCAAACGGCUGUACCUCCCGCUGGAUUUCGUAGUGUGGGAGGAGUUUGUUUCAGAUGAAUUGGGGAGGGAUUAAGAAAAGUUGUUGUUGGUCGAGAAAGGGGUAUCGAUGACAGGAUGUUUUCUCCUACAGUGUCUUGACUCUCUUGAUUGAAUUCGGUGAGAAAGGUUGGGAGGCUUCAUAUUGCUUACAGACCUACAUCUACAACAGUACAACUCGUUUAAAUUUGAAGUCGACCAUGUUUGCAACUGAAUGCACGUUGGCCUUGUGUGCUAAGGUAUUGCAAUCUUUUCAAUUCUCUAUCUUUCCUCUAUUGCACUUUCAUUUCCCAUUUUUAAUGCUGCGAGUUAAAAGAAAAACUUAGAAUUCAACUAGAAUUUCUUCUUAUUUAAACCAAGCGUACAUGAGACGAGGAUAGUCUCAUGUCACACAUGUGCUUUGGUUGAUGGGAUAGUUUGAGAAGCCCACUAUAUUACAAGUGAUCUAGAAAAGGUAAGUGCUUUCUACAUAACCGUAAAUUUCAAACUCGAUAGUAUUUCUUAAUGUUUUCUUCAGGUUGUCAUUUCAGCUGGUGAUUGUUGGCUGUGCUGCCAUCUCUAUUAUGCUUUUGAUGUGUGGUAACAGCAUUCCAUUGUUCUUGUCGCAUUUUUCCACAUAUAUCCUUAGUGUUGUAUUGAUUAGGUUAUAAUGCAGAUCCAUUUAUGACCCUUUCUAAUAUAUUUGCAUAGAUGUUUUUGUAUAUCUGUACAGGAAUGCCUCGUUAUCCUCCUCCAUAUGGAACUAUGGUUCGUCCUGUAUAUCCUCCUCGAGUACCUGGAGCGGUUAAUGUUCUCCCGGUAUCACGUCCCCCUGUUGCAGGGGUACCUCCAGUUCGCCCUAUUAUUCCUCCUGUUGUCAGACCUGUGGUUGCUCCUAGUGUUACUCCAGCUGAGAAGCCACAAAUCACGGUUUAUGUUGGCAAGAUUGCACCUACUGUGGAAAAUGAUUUCAUGCUUUCUAUUCUUCAGUUAUGUGGACCAGUUAAGAGCUGGAAACGUCCUCAGGAUUUAUCGAAUGGAACGCCUAAAAGCUUUGGCUUUUGUGAGUUUGAGACUGAUGAAGGGGUUCUUCGUGCCUUGCGUCUUCUUACUAAAUUAAAUAUUGAUGGGCAAGAGCUAAUGCUGAACAUCAAUGAAACUACGAAAGAACAUCUGAAGCGGUAUGUUGCGAAAAAAACUGAAGAUUCAAAGAAAAAAGAAACCCAGGUAGCAGGUGCUGAAAAAGAUGAUGAAGGUGCACAACCUUCUGAUGGUGGUGGGAAAUCUGAUGCCGAGGACUCAAAGAAAGAGGAUAGUGAUUCACAUAACAAGGAAUCCCUUGAUUUUGCUACCUUCGGCAUUGUCACUGAUGAUGAUAGGGAAGCUGAUCGAGAGGCUUUGGAAAAGAUUACGAACAUGAUAGAGGAGAGGUUGAAAACAAGACCUUUGCCUCCACCGCCUGCACAGACGCCUGGUGAUGGCUCUGCAAUAACUUCAGAACAACCAGCUAAAACAAGAGAUGGAGAUUCUGAUGAGGCUAUGGGGAGGAAUGAAGGAAAUGAAGAUAAAACUGAAAAAGAUGCAAACAGUGACAUCAAACAAACUAGUGAACAUGAUAAGCCUGAGACCCCUGAUAGAAGGCAUGACAGGAGAAGCAGAGAGAGGGACCGAGAUAGGGAACUAAAACGGGAAAAGGACAGGGAGCUUGAAAGAUAUGAACGAGAAGCAGAGAGGGAACGUAUUAGGAAAGAAAGGGAACAAAGAAGGAGGAUUGAGGAUGCUGAGCGUCAGUAUGAAUCAUGUUUGAAAGAGUGGGAGUAUCGAGAAAGGGAGAAAGAGAAAGAGCGCCAGUAUGAAAAAGACAAGGAAAAAGAAAGAGAACGCAAACGGAGAAAGGAGAUACUAUAUGAUGAAGAAGAUGAGGACGACGAUUCAAGGAAGCGGUGGCGUAGAAGUGUAUUAGAGGAGAAGAGAAAGAAGAGAUUGCGUGAAAAGGAAGACGACUUGGUUGACAGACAAAGAGAAGAGGAAGAAAUUGCCGAGGCCAAGAAGAAGGCAGAGGAGGAUCAGCAACGGCAACAGCAGAGAGAUGCACUGAAACUGUUAUCUGACCAUUCUAUAAAUGGCGGUGAAAAAGCCAUGGCUACUGAAGAGGCUGCCAAUGAAGUAAAAAAUGUUGUUACAGAACACAAUAAUGCAGUUGAUUAUAAUCAUGAAGGCCAUAUAGGUGAUGUCAAUUCACUAAACGCUAUGAAUGAUGAAUCAGCCAUGGCAUCUGUCUCAGAAAAUGAUGCACGAUCAAGUGCAAAUGCUCCUGCAAAGAAGUUGGGAUUUGGUCUAGUUGGGUCCGGAAAAAGAACAACUGUCCCUUCUGUUUUCCAUGAGGAGGAGGAUGAUGAUGCACACAAGGACAAAAAAAUGAGGCCUUUGGUUCCAAUUGAUUAUUCAACUGAGGAACUGCAAGCUGUUCAACCUACUGCCGCUGGGCCAACACCUCCAAAUUUGGCUGCUGCUGCAGAAUUUGCAAAGCGUAUAUCCAGUGCUAAUCUCAAAGAAGAGAAGCUUGAUGGAGAACGAGAUAGAAGUAAGCGUUCAAGUGAGAAGUCUAAUCACCGAGACAGGGACAGGAGUGAUGAAGAUGGCACCCACAACAGAGAUGACCACAAGGAGAAAACUGACCGUGACAGAGAUCGAGAUCAUGGAUUGGACAAAGUAAAGACCUCGGAUAACAAGAGACUCUUGGAUGCAAAACAGUUAAUUGAUAUGAUUCCAAAGACCAAGGAGGAACUGUUCUCGUAUGAGAUAAACUGGGCAGUGUAUGACAAGCAUCAGUUGCACGAUAGAAUGAGACCGUGGAUUUCAAAGAAGAUCAAAGAGUUUUUGGGGGAAGAAGAAAAUACAUUGAUAGAUUACAUUGUUUCCAGUACACAAGAACAUGUGAAAGCAUCCCAGAUGCUAGAACGUCUUCAAAUAAUUUUAGAUGAAGAAGCUGAAAUGUUUGUUCUCAAGAUGUGGAGGAUGCUUAUCUUUGAAAUUAAGAAGGUAGAGACGGGGCUUGCUUUGAGGACGAAAUGAUGAUUUCUCUCAGGAUUUUAAGUUUAGAGUUCUGCUGGAUUGAGAUUUUUACCACCGUCCCCAUGUCUUCAUCCUAAAUUGUAAAUUAAUUGCAUGACCGGUUAGCCAUAAACAAUUUAAUGUAAUUUUUUCCGUCUGUACUGAAUACUGAUCCAAGAUUCAAUUAGGCUUUUGGAUAAAUUCGUUUCCUUUAAUGAGAAGGCUGCACUUUUUGUCA